AUGGCGGCGCUGGAGUUGGAGAAAUCCCAACCGACAGUGGAGAUCAACAGGCUGAAGUUCACCUACCCCGGCAUCGACGGCCAUCCUCCGCCGGGCUCCACACCUUUGAUCGAUGAUUUCUCCCUCGCUCUCUUCCCCGGAGAUCGCUGCCUUCUUGUGGGCUCCAAUGGCGCUGGGAAGACAACUAUCUUGAAAAUUAUAGGAGGGAAGCACAUGGUGGAACCAGAUAUGGUGAAGGUUUUGGGAAGAUCAGCAUUUCAUGACACCGCUUUGACUGCCUCUGGUGAUCUCUCUUAUCUUGGAGGAGAGUGGAGACGUGAAGUUGCUUUCGCUGGUUUUGAGGUUCCAAUUCAGAUGGAUGUUUCUGCUGAGAAAAUGAUUUUUGGGGUUGCAGGUAUUGAUCCCCAAAGACGAGAUGAGCUGAUUAAGCUUUUAGGUAUUGACCUGUCCUGGAGAAUGCACAAGGUGUCCGAUGGUCAAAGAAGAAGAGUUCAAAUAUGUAUGGGUCUUCUAAAAUCAUUCAAGGUUCUCCUGCUUGAUGAGAUCACGGUUGACUUAGAUGUUCUUGCCAGGGCUGACCUUCUAAGGUUUCUAAAGAAGGAAUGUGCAGAGCGAGGUGUUACUAUUAUUUAUGCUACACAUAUUUUUGAUGGUCUUGAGGAUUGGCCAUCUCAUAUUGUUUAUGUUGCUCAUGGGAAGCUGCAAUUAGCAAUGCCUAUGACUGAAAUUAAGGGGAUAAGCAAUUUGUCGUUGAUGAGAACUGUAGAGAGCUGGCUGAGGAAAGAGAGAGAUGAGGAACGACGAAGAAGGAAAGAAAGAAAGGCAAAUGGUCUUCCAGAAUAUGAGAAACAAGUCGAGGGCAGUCGUGUAACAGGGAAUCCAGCCCGUGCUGCUGUCCGUGUACUAAAUAACGGGUGGGCUGCUGGAAGGCUAAACUCAACUGUUGCUGGUGAAGAAAAUUUCAUCUUGAGCUCCAACAGGGUCCUCAGAUAAAAUCGCAUCACACAAAAUAAAAAAGAGAAGAUUGCCAUAAAUCUCCCGACACCAUGAUGUAUGAAUCACCAUAGAAUUUUUCUAAGCUGCGUAUCCUGAGGACUUCACACUUGUGUAACUGAAUCCAUAGUAAGUAUCUUUCUUUUCAUUUGCUCUGUCAUUUUAGCAGCCUGUUGUCAAACAUAUUUCUUGAUGGAUACAUUGCUUCUAUAGCAUAUGUCUACUUGCUCAGAUGAUGUCAAAAGGUUUCUCGAGAAUGUGUAAGAAGAAUCCAUUUUCUCCUU